AUGAUUUCUAGCAUCCUGGAAGAUAAAAAUAACAUGAUUAGUAGUCUCAGUGUAAUUGUUGAAAUUGAUGAGACUAAAAUGGAUAAGAGUAAAAGAAAGUAUCAUCAAGAUUAUUGGGUUGAUAGGACUACUAAUACAUUACUUGAAGUUAUAUUUCAGCAUGUUUUAGAAGGCUCUAUCAUGUAUACAAAUGUGGCAAGGAUAUAA